CAUUCGUUGCAAGACCAUCUAAUUGAAAAAGUGUUAUUUUAUUAUCAUCAAUUUUACAUAAAUAAUCAAGUGAAAGUGAUUUUUGUAUCGACUCCACUUAACAAUAAAUUUUUUUUUAGAUAAUGAGUGGUUUAACACAACGGCAAUGGUCUCCAACAAAGAGACGAGGACCGAUCAGCGCCGAAUUCCGGAGUCCAGGACCUGCAUGUGUUUCUCUACCAUCACUUAUAGGUAAAACUGUUCCUGAUUCUAAACGAGGUCGAGCUCCAGCAUUUUCAUUUGGUAGUCGACAUUCACUAAAAAAUGAAAGUCCAGGACCUGGGCCAGGCCAAUAUAAUGUGUCAGGAUUAAGUGUCAAAGGAAAAAAUAAAGCUCCAGCAUUAUCAUUACAUGGCUACACUAAAAUAGAAAAAAUCGAAUGUACACCAGCUCCAGGUGAUUAUGACCCAGAGAAAGCGGAAAUUUUUAUUCAAGAUAGUUCACCAAAAUAUUCAUUUGGAAUAAAAGCACCAAUCGAAAAAAUUAACUCAACUCCUGAUCCUUUGAUUCUGCGAUUGUUUAAUGCUCACCGAGUAAGUCAAUUGAAUCCACGGGACCAAAAAGUUUAUAAUUACGUAUCAAUGUUGGAUCAAAAAGUCAAGUCUACAAAACAAAAGUAUUCUUCCUUAAAGUAUAGGCUAAAGGAAGCUGAAAAAAGUUUCGUCACUGGGACUUGCUGGGAAGAAUUUCAAGAAUUAUCUGAAAUAACUAAAAAUUUGAUAUCUUCACAUUUCCGGAAUAUAAAUAAAAAUAAAUACCACCGCAAUUUCACUCGCGAAGAUAAAAUAUUUGCAUUGGCUCUGUAUAAGCGCAGUAGUGCCGCUUAUAAGUUUCUUGCGGAUGUAUUUUGUUUGCCAUGCGAAGAAACUUUGCGGAAAUUCUUGACGACCGUGCCAUUAGAACCUGGUGCAAAUCCGUUUUUAUUCGAUGCUAUUGCUGGAAAAGCUAAACAAAUUAAUAAUGUGAAGCGCAAAUAUUGCAUGCUAAUUUUCGAUGAUACUUCUAUCACACCAUCACUUCAAUACAAUGUGUCAACAGAAACAAUUGACGGUUUUGUUAAUAACGGCAUCGAACGGAAGCCCGUGCUUGCCAAAUAAUGCAACUGUUUGGAUUGUCAGAAGUGUAGAUGGUUCGUGGAAACAACCGAUUUGGUAUAGUUAUUGUAAGUCAAGUCCUACAUAUGAAGAUAUCGCCAAAACUUACAAAGACAUCGUAAGAAAAUUAAAGUCAGUUGAUUUACC